CAAAGUAGGUGCUGUAGCUUUAACAUAUAUUCACAGGAAGUUCUUCUCUGUUUUCAUGUUUGCAGAGGAGAAGCUUGUUGAACUUGUGCAAGGCGGUCUGCAUAAAUAGAUUGAAGUCCAGAGGAGAAGCUUGUUGAACUUGUGCAAGGCGGUCUGCAGAAAUGGAUUGAAGUCCAGAGUUCUUCCUCACAGAAAGAGCAAGCAAGAAAGAUUAGUUAGCAUGGCUGCCACCAGACAGAAACUGAGAGUAUUGUGUAUACAUGGAUUCAGAACAAGUGGAAGCGUUUUACAGAAGCAAAUAAGUAGAUGGGAUUCUUCAAUCACUGAAAAACUUGAUAUGUGCUUCUUGGAUGGACCACUUCCUGCUACAGGGAAGUCUGAAGUUGAGGGAAUAUUUCCUCCUCCCUAUUAUGAGUGGUUCCAGUACAACGAAGAUUUCACCAAAUUUAAGAACCUGGACAAGGCAUUUCCUUUAAUCGUUGAUUACAUGGAGCAGAAUGGCCCUUUUGAUGGCUUGCUUGGAUUUUCUCAGGGUGCCAUGUUAUGCGCAGUUCUUGUUUGUUACCAGCCGCAGGGACUAAUGCUACAAAAUCAUCCUCCUAUAAGAUUUAUAAUAUCUAUUUCUGGAAUAAAGUUUAGAGAUCCAGAGAUGUCUUCUUUUUUAUAUUCUCCACCCAUCAAGUGCCCUUCAGUUCAUAUCACAGGUGCAAAAGAUUAUGUCAAGGAAUUCAGCAAAGAUCUUAUCCAGGCCUUUGAGAACCCAUUGGUUAUUACACACCCGCAAGGUCAUAUAGUUCCAAAAUUAGAUACCCAAGCAAUCAAGCUACUACAACAUUUCAUUGACAUUAUAUUGAAACAAGAUCAAAAGAAACACAACAUUGGUUCUUUUCAUGGUGCAUAUGGUAGAACAAAUAAAAUGUCAAAAGGAGAUGGACUAUUGCAUUCUAAACUUUAGUUGUGCAUUGAAUAAAAAUUAAUAUGUAUACGAGGAACAAUUGAUUUAUUAGAUGUAAUAGGACCAC